UUUCGAGUAUUGGAUUGGAAAAUUUUACAAAAUGACCCAAAAUCCAAAAAUUAUUCUACCAAUGACCUCGUCUUAAAAAUUUUUCUACCAUUGACUGUGCAUUCAAUACACCACCAACAUUCUACGAAAAAAAUUAUUUCCAACUAAUAUUUUGAAGAGAAUGGAAUGUCUCUUAUUAUUCACUUUCUGUCAUCGAACUCCCCACGAAAUUCUCUCAUUAUUUUCUUGUAGCUUUCUCUCAGGGUUUUAGCCCGAAGAUGAUUUCAAUCCAACAUCUUCGGAUUCUCUAGUAGCUUUCUCUUGUAGCUUUCAUCGUCGGAUUCAGUCUACAUUUCUUCUUCCUUCAACGGUUUCUUCGGUCCAUCAUUCAAUAUCAAUGGCGCUACUUCGCAUCUUUGUACGAUUUGGUGGGGAUUGGGAUGAGUCCGGAAGAAAUUAUGUUGGUGGUCAUAUGAAAGGUCUGAAAAUUAGAAAUGAUAUAACAGUCAGUGAAUUAGUGAGUAUGAUGCACCAACGACUGAAUAUCGGUUCGGAUAUGUUUGAUAUAUACAUCAAAUGUUGCUACAAACUUUUGGUCCCGGCUUCCCCAAUUGACAUAGUCGACGAUGAAGAUCUUAGCUUCUUUUUAGAAGGCAGUGAGGCAUCCCAGAUGCCAUUAUUUGUAUCAGUUACACCUGUUAAUAGUCAUGGAGUACACCAACAUUGCAAUCCAACUGAUCAACCUAAUCCAAUUCAUACCAUGUCUUCAAUUGAUGAUCAUAUUGAGCCAUGUAACUUGGGGGAUGAUCGAAAUGAAGCUUGGUUUGGUUGGAACAAUGAACCCAGAUGUACUUCACAAUUCAAUACUAAACAUGGAUAUGGACAAACUUCUUCAACACCUAACAUCCAUGUUCCAACUCCACAUGCUCCCGUUCCACUGGUUGUGAUGCCUUCGGCUCUAAUGCAUUUCACUGUUCCAAUCGAACCAUUUGUUGAUAUACCCGGACCAUUAGAGGGCCCAUCGUAUGACAACCUCGUCACAAUACCUCAUGACUGUCUGAAUGACGAGGAUAUAAAGGUUGGUCAAAUUUUCUUUUUGAAAUAUGACUUGUCAGUUAAAUUAUCGAUGCUUGCAAUAAGAAAGAACUUUGACUACCACGUAAAAAAGUCAACGAAGAGCUUACUAACUGUCCGAGUUCGAUGGAGGAAUGCAAGGGGAGGGUCCGUGCCAAAAAAUGAAAGAAAGUGGUUCCUUCAAAGUGACCAAGUAUCCCAGCAAACAUACAUGUUCUCUUGAAAUGAGAAUUGGUAAUCAUCGACAAGCAAAAAGUUAGGUUAUUGGAUAUUUAAUAAAGUCCAAAUACGAACAAGUUGGCCGAACCUACCGCCCAAGAGAUAUAAUUGAGGAAAUCUAACGAGAAUAUGGAGUGAACAUUACCUACGGACGGGCUUAUCGCGUUAGAGAGUACAGAUUAGUGUAUGCACGAGGGUCACCAAAAGGAUCAUAUAUUGUUGUUAGGGCAUACGACGAGGCACUUAAGCUUACAAAUCCAGGUACCAUAUUUGAGGUUGAAGUAGAAGACAGACAAUACUUUAAGUAUGUCUUCAUGGUACUUGGUCCGUGUAUCAGAGGUUUUCUAAACUGCAUCCGCCCAGUAAUCGUUGUUGAUGGGACCCAUUUGCAUGAGAAAUACAAAGGUAUGUUGUUAAUAGCAAUAUGUAUCAAUGGAAAUAACAACAUAUAUCUUAUCGCUUUCAGUGUUGUAGAUGGUGAGAACGAUGUAUCAUGGACUUGGUUUAUGACUCAUUUGAAGGCUUCAAUAGGAGACGUUCCCAAUCUAAUGAUUAUAUCAGAUCGUCACAUCUCAAUUGCAAAGGCGGUUGCAAGGAUAUUCCCUAAUGCAUUUCAUGCCCUGUUAUAUACUAUAUUCGGUACAAUACGAUGGACAAAUUCAAGAAUAAGGACAUAAUCUCAAAUUUCUACCUAGCGGCUAAAGCAUAUAGAAUGUCUGACUUUCAGAUGUAUUGGGCUAAGCUCCAUCAAUAUCCUGGUGUGAUGGCCUAUCUUGAGGAGGUUGGAUUACAACGGUGGGCAAGGGUUUAUCAAGUCCAUUGUAGGUAUGACAAGAUGACGACAAAUAUAGUAGAAUGCCUCAAUGGAGUAUUGAAAGAUGCCCGAAAACUACCAAUAACAAAGCUAUUAGAGCAUAUCCGUGAGUGGCUACAAGGUUGAUUCUAUAUCCCACAUACACAUGCAAUGGCAUGCACAAACAUUGUAACUGAUUACACAAUGAGUAUUCUUAAGGAAUCAGAAUUAAUGUCUAGAACAUAUUGUGUUUCUCCGGUGGAUAUGCAUAUAAUUAAUGUGGACGAUGGAUAUUUGGGGGGGUUGGUUGAUCUUCGCUCACGGACAUGUACGUGUAUGGAGUUUAAUUGCCUCAAGAUCCCAUGCUCCCAUGCAAUAUCUGCAGCGACCCUGAGAAACAUUAAUGUUCAAACAUUAUGUGCAAAAUGGUUUACAGUUAAGUGUGGGCUUGCUGCUUACGCCAAACCAAUCUUCUCAGUCGGACACAGUCAAGAAUGGGUUGGAGAUUUUGAACCAAUUCUACCAUCACAAAAGGUAGUUAGUGUAGGUCGACGUCAAAUCAUUAGGAUACCUUCAAUUGGAGAGGAGCUACGACAAAUACACAGGUGUACAGGAUGUGGUCAGAUAGAACAUAACAAGAAAACGUGCAGACAAACGUUGAUAACACCUGGCACCAGCCCAUCUAGACUAAACAAUAUGUAAUUUUCGUUUUUGCUUCAAUUUUUCUGUACAACACCAAUUAUACUAUACAAUAUGUAAUUUUAGCACCAA